UAAAAAAAUUAACGUGAAUUUACAAUAACUAAUUCAAUGGGAUUGCUGUUAUCAAUUCCGGUCAUUACAUUGAUUGUCAAUAAGUUGAUUGAAAUAAAUCGUGAAAUCAAUGGCCGAUGGAUUAGAUAUUUGUCAGAAUUGUGGCAAUUAUUGUCACGAAGAAGACAUGUAAAGACCAAUCGUAUUAUGAUUCACGACGUCUUCAAGGAUGACGUACAUCACUCGGGACUCAUUCCCUUUCCUCACGAGUGGACAUAUGAUAGACCAUCAAAGGAUAAAAAUGAAGAUUUGCUUAUAUAUGGCGUAAACUCAUCCAAACAAUCGAUUUAUAUAACAAUUAAUUGGAAACCCAAUGGAGUUAACAAUAAAAACAAUGCAACGAUUAAUAUGAGAAUCGAUGACAACAAUGAUUGCUAUACUUUGGAGGAAACACAAGAAGUCGAGUAUAGGAAAGGAGAGUAUAGAGUGUCGGGACUCGGGUUAGAGAUAUUGUCGGCAUUUAGAAGAAAACGGAUUAAGUUUAGGGGAUAUCUGUUGAAGAAUAACAAAGAAGUGGUUUAUAUUCAGUUCAGAUUUUUGUGGUACGCUUUCUCAAGAAUUUAUGAUUACACACAUGAUUUCGAUGACUACUUUAUGGCACAAGAGUUGGCAAUAUCUGCAAAAUCCGAUAAAACAGAGAGUCAACUAAAAGACCGAUUUGAAGACCGAUUCGAACAAUUCGGUCAAAUAAAGGGUACGUUUAGAGAGGAGAAGACAUCAGAAAGAAAUCUAUACUUUUGGGGAUCUAUUAGUAAAAAGUUUUUAAAAACAAAUCAAAAUAAGCGAACAAUUAAUCGGAUAUUUGGUUACACUAAAGAUGGAUUUGGGUUUCAUUUGGGUUAUGUUUGUAAUGAAAACGGAAGUGAAUAUCGAUUUGGGUUUUUGUUCAGAAAAAUGGGAAGAUUUUUUAAACUACAAAAAUUAUCACUUUUAUCAUCAGAUUUCAAUGAUCUAAAAGAUAGAAAUUUAAUACACUUUACCGCAACAUUUGAUAAUAAAGAUUAUAACUUUGUUAUUGAAAAACUUGAAAAUAAUUUUGCAAAACGACUAAUAAUUAAUGAUUCCGAAGGAAUGUGUUUUAUUACUGAAGAAAUUGAUACAGAAGUUCAACAACAGAUACAAUCAAUAAAUAAUAUACAAAAAGACUCUUCACUUGUUUUAGGUUUGAAUGAAGAGUCGGCUCAAAGAGUAGAUCUAACGGGAGGUAAAGGUAGCUCUUUGGCAGUACUUAUGAAUUUAAGUCAAAAAUUGGCUAAAAAUAAUUAUAAACAACAGUUUAGUGUCGCCAAUGGUGUUGUAGUUACUACUAAUGCUUACGAAAUACUUUUAACUGAAAAUAAAGAUUUAUUGAAAGCAAUUGAAAAUUUGGAAAAAUCGACACAACUUUCACAAAAAGAGUUGAAAUCUAAAUGCGAUGAAGUAAUGGACUUAAUUGCAAAUCAAAGAUUACCACAAACUAUACAAAAAACAAUUGAAGAAAAGUUAAAAAAUAAUUUCAAUGAUUUUGAAAACAAGUUGUUUGCCGUCAGAUCCUCCGGUGCUUCUGAAGAUUCUGAAGAAAUGUCAGCCGCCGGACAAAUGACUACUUAUUUAGGCGUCAAAGGACUCGACAAUAUAUACUCGUCUGUAAUGAAGUGCUGGUCGUCUCAGUUCUCACACAUAGCUGUUGAGUAUAAGAGAGGUUACGGACAGCCUAUCAAUAGUCCGAUGGCUGUUGUGAUACAAGAGAUGAUAGCGUGUGAGUCGGCGGGUGUUAUGUUUACUUGUGAUCCGAUUACUGGAGACGAAAGAGUUAUUGAAGUGACAGCUAAUUAUGGUUUGGGAGAAUCAGUGGUGUCUGCAUCAGCAGAACCGGACACAAUUAAAUUGUCGGUAAAUAUUGAGUCCAACUCAUUAUCAAACACCAGAUCUAUUAAAUCUAUUGAAAGCAAAACAAUUGGAGCCAAGAAAACAUUUAUAAAAUUGUUAGACAAUGGAGGGACUGUUGAGGAAGAGGUCAACAAUAAUAACGAUUGUAGUGUUUCUGAUGAAGAUUUGUAUCGUUUGGGAGAUUUAGCAUUAGUUAUUCAUAAACAUUAUGGAAAUGCCAGAGAUAUAGAGUGGGGUCUAAAAGGGGGCGAAAUAUUUAUGCUUCAGUCGCGACCCGUCACUAAUUUGGACAAUUCGUACACCGAUUACGAGAUAAUGCAUGAGUCGGACUCUGCCCAUCAAACAGAGUUUGAGAUCUACACCCGUACCCAUUGGGGUGAAAAUUUUCCCGGAGCUUCCUCUUGGAUUGUUGUCAAUUGGUUUUGGUCUAAUAAAAGUUUAUUUGUUAGAGGUGGAAAUAUCGAUAUAAAAGAUUAUAAUCCAUAUGUCGAUACAAUGGGUAUCCAAUACAAUCAAAUUAUGUUUAAUUUGUCAAAUGGUCAGUGGGAUUUUUUCUCCGAUUAUCCCGAAUCGGAACAAUCGCGACAAUUUGUUUUAUCAAUGUUUGGCCAUCAUUUUGACGACAAAGAUGUACUCAAUUGUUUCAAACAGAGGCGCCAAUUAAAACCAAAGCUAACACUUUGGAAAAAAUUGAAACUAUUUUCACAUAUGAUUUACUUUACAAUUAAUGGACCAAAGUUUCUGAUGAAAGACAAAACAGAUUAUAUUGAAAGACAAAAGUAUGAUUUGGUUGAACUUAAACUUAGACAUCACAAGACAUCCAAAGACAUAAUGCAAGGAAUUUUGAAUAAUUUUCACGAAAUUGCGGGAAUGAUGUUGAAAAAUCACGGACCGGUAUCUAUGGGCGCAUCCAUAAAAAAUUCAUUGCUCAGAAAAAUGAUUGGUGAUAAUCCAGAUCUUGAUUCGGAUUUCAAUUUAAUGGUCUCGUCAUGCGAUGGUGUUAUCAGUGCUGAAGUACCCAAUUAUUUGAGAGAAAUUGCAAAAUUAAUUAAAGACAAAGAAAAGUUCAGACAAUUGACUGAUGAAGAAGCAGUUCAAGUGUUACGCAAUGGCAAUGACGAGGCGUCCAAAAAGUUUGAGAAGUUUAUUGAAAUUCAUGGACACAGAGGUUAUCGUGAAUUGGAUCCAAUGUAUCAAACGUGGAAAGAAGAUCCCAUUCCUUGUAUUAGAAAUAUUAAAGCAUUACUUACGGGAAAUGAAUCCCAAUUGGAGCCAAAAGUUGGCAAAUCUAUUGAUGAAGUAAUGAAUGAAUUGAAGACACCUUUGAGUUCAUUCAAAAAAUAUUUGAUCCGAAAUUAUUUACUUCCGUGGAGUAGACGUGGAGUCGGAUAUCGGGAACAUUCAAAAUAUUUUAUGAUUUGGUUAAACAAUAAUUGGAGAAAAGGAUUCAGAUAUUUAUCAAAACAAAUGGUUAGCGAAGGACUCAUACCGUCUGCUGAGACUUUCUUUUACUUAACUCCUGAUGAAGUGAUUGCUCUCUGCAAUGGAGAUAGAAAUCCAUUAAUUUUGCAGAAAACAAGACACAGGAAGAGAUUGUAUCCAAAAAUGGAUAAAUACAAGUUUGAAGAGUUUAUUAAAGGACCCGAAAUGAUACCCAAAAAUUUUGAAGACCGCAUAAUACUACCAACACUUAGCUCAGGUAUGGUUCAAAUGAAAGGCACUCCUGUUAGCAACGGAACAGUUAAGGCAAGAGUUUGUGUAUCUGAAGACAUCACAGACGCCGAUAAUAUUCAACCGGGAGAUAUAUUGAUAACAUAUUCAACUGAUAUCGGUUGGAGUCCAUACUUUCCAUUACUUUCGGGUCUAAUCACUGAAAUCGGUGGAACCAUAUCUCACGGCUCAGUCAUUGCUCGUGAAUACGGUAUUCCCUGUUUGAUAGCCAUUGAUGGCGUAUGUCGUGCCUUCAAAACGGGUGAUAUCUGUGUUUUGGACACACAGUCCGCUACCAUCACUAAAGUUGAAUAAUUAUCAAU